AUGGCUGCACGCCGUCCCUCCGAGACUAGCGCUCUCCUCAGCGACCAUGGCAUCGACGACGUACGAAGGUCGAUGGCGCAAAUCGACCAAAGACUCUAUGGGACAACCGGAGAAGACGAGACAGCUGUUGACAAAGACAUCGACAUCGAGACAACCUGGAAAGCCGAGACCGGCCUAUUAGCUAGAUACUCCGGCCCGCUCAUACUGACUUACCUUUUGCAAUACUCUUUCACUCUGGUGACUGUCUUUGUCGCCGGUCGACUGGGCACGAAGGAGCUCGGGGCAGCGUCUCUGGCAACCAUGACGGCCAAUAUCACGGGUCUCUGCGUCUAUGAGGGAUUAGCAACCAGCCUCGACACCCUCACUUCUCAAGCAUAUGGGAACGGCAAGAAACAUCUGGUGGGUCUCCAUGUCCAACGGAUGAGCUUGCUGGUAUGCGUGGUGACGAUUCCUAUCGGCGCCAUCUGGAUUUGUUCGCCGUGGAUUCUAUCAGCUCUGGUACCCGAAAAGGAUGAGGCUGUUUUGGCGGGCACUUUUAUGAGGAUCUACUUGCUAGGAGCACCCGCCUGGGCAAUUUUCGAGGCCGGCAAGCGACUUUGCCAGGCGCAAGGCGACUUCACUGCCUCAUUCGUUGUGAUUGCCAUCUGCGCCCCUCUGAACAUUCUCUGGAACUGGCUUUUGGUGUUCCAUUUCAAACUGGGCUUUGCGGGUGCAGCAUGGGCCGUGGUGAUUUCCAACAACUUACAACCGAUCAUGUUGGCCUUAUACAUCAGGUUCUUUGCACGGUCCAACCUUCAAUGCUGGCCGGGGUUGGAUCUUCGUCGAGCAUGCCAGAAUUUGGGGCCGAUGGUCAAACUCGCCCUCCCUGGAGUCCUCAUGACAUUAUCAGAGUGGCUGGCCUUUGAUAUUCUGACCAUUGCGGCUGGCCAUCUUGGCGAGGCGAGUCUUGCAGCUCAAUCGGUUCUGGUGACCGUGGCGGUGACCAUGUAUCACAUUCCUUUCCCCAUUUCCAUUGCAGCGUCGACACGGUUUGGCCAUCUGAUCGGCCAUGGAGCAUUGGACGCCGCGCGAACAGCAUGGAGGACGCACUACAUCAUUUUCAUCUGCAUCGGUACGUUUGACGUGGUGGUGCUGACAUCCUGCCGACACGCGAUCGCUGCCAUCUUCACAAGCGACGAUGCUGUCCGUGCAGUAGUUGCAGCUGUCAUUCCCAUCGCGGCAGCUGCACAGUUUUUCGACGCCCUGCUGGCCAUUUCCAAUGGGCUCCUGCGCGGGAUGGGGAGACAAAAGAUCGGGGGUUGGGUCAAUCUGGGGGUCUACUACCUGUUCGCACUGCCGUUAUCCUUUUUCUUGACAUUCGGACCCAUUCAGAUGGGCUUGGGAGGACUGUGGAUUGGCCCAUGUUCGGGACUGGCUGGUGCGUCUAUUAUGAUGGCCGCAUACAUGCGCUUUACAGACUGGGAGAAGGCGGUUGAAGAUGCUCGGGCACGGGAGGAGUGA